CUUAUUUCUAAUCCCAAGGUAGGAGAAGCCUUCAGUCAUAUUUAUCGCACUAGACUAGGCUUUGCAAUACAUUUAUCAAAGUAUAGGUACAAAGUGGCGCAAACCAGAGAUUCGCCGCGAAUUUGGCCGCAUUUACUUGGGAAGAGGGAUAGCAUGGGCUCAAGGUGAGUGUUCACUUGUAUUGUUGGACUGAUGUAUAUAGACGACGACCAUAAGAGACACAGGAAGCUUCUCACGCCAGCGUUUGGCAAUCUUGAAAGUCGGGGAAUGAUACCCGCCUUCCUGGAAAGUGCGAACGUGUGCGUGCCAUUCGUGGAAGGGCUUACCGCAACUCAACAGUAUAUCCAGCUUUGUGAAAAGUGGCGAGGAAUGAUUGCCAACUCAGAAGAAGUGACUGCGAUUGAAGUUACUGAUGGUAUUUCUCGCGCAACACUUGACACCAUUGGAGACGGUGGGUCUCUUCCUCUAUACAAGCCAUCCCUGUGUCUAAAAUAUGCCUUUGGUCAGUUGGGUUUAAAUGUCGAGUAAGAGCUUCGAGGCCUCUCAUCGAGCUGCAUUAACUAAGAUAGUUUGGUGCGCUCGAUAACGAAAGGAACCCGCUGGCUCAAGCAUAUAAAAAUCUUCUGUACGUCUGCCGCU